GUAUAAUGGCCGUUAAAAUUGUGAAAAAGAAUAAUCGCGCGUGGCGAGCCUCGGAAUCGAAGAUGUCAUCUGGAAUGGUUCACGGAUUAAUUACCGAUAAUGUUCUAGUGCCUAUAACAAAGACCAUUUUCACGAAGAAAAGUAAAACUGCUCGUUCUAAUCUCUCUGAUCGAAGAACCGAACUUGUUAAACCUCUCAAAUGCAGUGACCAUAUAACAAUGCCGCUAUUGAAACCACCCUCUCAUCUUUCAGUAAAAAGAUUUACGAGCACGCUGCUGCACUCUAAACAGAAUCAUACAUUGAAUGACUGCGAGAAGAUCUCAAAGAAGCAAGGUUAUGUAAUGAACAAAAGUUCGACUUUCCCUGUUUUUGGUAAUUUUAAAAAAUCUUCGCUGAAAUCGCUAGACAAGAAAAAUACUGUAUUAACGUUUCCCUCCCCAAUGUCCGAUUUAUCGAACAAUUCGUUUGCGAAGCACAAUUGUGUUUCAACGGAUAAACGUCCAAUUAAAUUCAGAAAAAGAUGUAGAAACCGGAUUGGUAAAGAGGCAACGAGAAGAAUAAAUCAUUCUUUAUCAGACGUUUCGAACGAAGGCAAAAUUUAUGAGAGCUUGAUCAAUAACGAUGCGUUUCAAUUGUCAAAUGAUUUGCCAGAGAUUGAUUGGUACUCGACGGAUACGUUACAAAGGAUAUUCGACAAAGAGAUACAACUGUUAGAGAGUAAUAUUUCAAAUAUACCGAUUACAGUAACCGUCGCAACGACGUCAACAACUAUGAUGACGACGGCAAUAAAAACUGACAUGUAUCCUUGUAAACAACUGAUUAACACGUAUCGUGACUAUAAGUUAACAAAUACUGAUGUUAUCGCGAAGAAAGCAUUAUCGAAUAAUAUCAUUAACCAUAACAGUGAAGAAUUAAAAUUUCCUAUUGAAUCAAAUGCUUCUAAACAAGUUCAAUUUACCGGAUUCGAUCUGUCGGCAUCGAAUAAGUUUCUAGAGACGAACGAAACAGCAACUGUGUUGAAAAAUAAGUGUAACGAAAUUUGGUCUACGCGUGAUUUUCAAUAUACUGGGAAAAAUACAGAUUGUUUGCAUCUGUCCUACCUCACGGAGAAUUUGUGUAGGAAGAAUGAGUAUCCUUGUAGAAUAAAGUAUUCGUGGCAAGUGCUCGGUAGAAGUUCGCAAACAUCGCGAACACUUUUAGAAAAUUUAACAAAAGAGAACGGUCUUGACGAUGAAUCGAUCCACGAAUGUUGCAUUAAAUAUUCUUGGCAAAUUAUUGGCAGUGCCACGCAGACUUCCAAGACAGACUUUGAAGCUUCGAAAUGUCAAUUGUCACUUUUGUCUCCAAAGAAAAACGUAAUCCGUAACGAUAAUAGAACGAAUAACGCGUCACCAAUUACAAUUCAUCGAAACGGUAAAAGAUUCUUUGUAUUAAAUAACCAAUGUACACAAACGUUCUCUCACAAGGAAAAUCAAACUAAUUUCAUUGAAAUCCACGCGAAACGUAAUUAA